AUGCUUCCAUGGAUAAUCGCUCAAAUAAGAAGAGGUGGAAACAGUUAUAAGGUCACCGCAACCCUGGAGAAGUGUUGCCUCGAAAUAAGGGGCCUGGAAAAGAAGCUGUCCCACCAGCUGAGCCUCGUGGCCAGGCUGGGUGUGUACCCGGAGGCUGAAGGAGGGUACCUCAUCUACGGCCUGCGGGACCGAGAGCAACCACUUCUCUACUGCCAUCUCCUCUGGUCGGCCGACAUACACGAUAAAUUAAAGAACAAAACAGGAUGGUCUUACCUCCCCACUGCUUCACUAUACCUUUAUGUAUAUUCAACUGCAGACUACUUCACUAUACCUACUUUCCCAAAGCUGAUUAGAAUAGGCUUGUAA